AUGUUAAAUCAAAGUAGGUUGAAUGAUUAUCAGAUCGAGGAAUGGGCCAGACAUACAAGAAAUCGGAAUCCAGCCCAACAAAUUAUUCAUCAUCUUAGAGCUCAUAUUCAUGGCGAAUUUGUAUCACAAGCUUUUGCAAAAUUUUACGAAUGCGUUAGUGCUUAUCCAAUGAUAAAUAAUGUCGAAAAAGUUUUUCAUUCAGUUCAUCUCUGUGAAGCACCCGGCUUCUUCAUAACAUCUUUAAAUCACUACCUAAAAUUGAAUCAUCCUGAAAUAGAUUUUAAGUGGCAUGCAUCAACAUUAAAUCCAUAUUUUGAAGGAAACUUGAUAGGUAGAACAGUCUUUGAUGAUCGUUUAAUAUCGCAAACUCUCGAGAAAUGGGUUUUUGGUGAUGAUUAUGAUGGAGAUAUUUUAAAGGAAAACAACAUCAGAUCACUUAUCAAAUAUUGUCAAUCGUUUGAACAUUGCAUUAAUCUAGUCACUGCAGAUGGUUCCAUCGAUUGCUCGGAUCAGCCUGAAAAUCAAGAAGAGUCUGUCUCGAAGCUGCAUCUUGCUGAAUUAAUUGUCAGCCUCGCAAUUCUAGCAGAUAAAGGGUCAAUGCUCAUCAAAAUGUUUACAUUUUUCGAAACAUCAUCUAUUUCGAUUCUUUAUAUUCUUAAUUGUUGUUUUGAAGAACUUCACAUUUUCAAACCAGCAACAAGUAAGGAGGGAAAUUCAGAAGUUUAUGUCAUUGGAAUAGGCUAUAAAAAAAACGUGCUUACAAAUGAUCUCAUAGAGAAGAUGAUAAUCAGUUUUAAAGACGAGACGAAAAUGCUUUUACCUCUCGAAGUUAUUCCGAAAGAGUUUCUCCAUGAGGUCGUCGAAGCAGCCAGAUUUUUCAUGAAUCUUCAAGUAAAUGUUAUUGAAGGAAACAUAAAAACAUUCCAAAGAUACGACAAAUAUGAGAAUGAAAGAAUUCGAAAACUGAAAUCUCGAAUGGUGGAACACUUUGUAAUGCUUUAUAAAAUUCAUCCUAUCAGAGAGGAGCAAAAAAUACUUAAUGGAUUAAUAGAAAACAUCGAUAUCAAUCUGAAUGUUAGAGUUCAUACAGGAUCGCAUAGUGAGAGAAUAAAUUUUCAAUAUCUUGAACAAUCAGAGAAAUGUCAAGUUAUGCAUGAUCGUCUUAAACAUUUUUAUGACAAUUUUGUUGCCAAUACUGUGAACUCGCCUUGCAUUCCUCUUAAUUUAAACAAUUCUGAAUUAUCUCCACUUAAAUUUAUCAAAUUCAUCUAUGGACUUUCAUUUGAAAAAGUUGCAAGUAGCAAAUUUGUACUUAUUCCU